AUGCAGAUGGUUGACGACUCACGCGAGAAAACAAAGCAGGGAACUGAAAGCCGAAGCACAGGGCCAGGAAGUAUGGAAGCACAAUUGAUCCUAGGCUUAUGCCUGACCUACUCCUUAGCCAAUCCAGUCCAAGUUGAACAAGAACAGCAGGUUCUGGUUCAACUUAUAGAAGAACCAACAAGUCAAAUCCAAGAACAAUCUCAAGAACUUUCAGUUAGACAGAAGAGGGAAGAAGAACAGACUUCUAAAUUAGAAGACGAGGUCAAGAGUGAAGUUUCUGCAGAAAACUCCAAUCAGGAACUCGUCAGAGAAAAAAGAGUCUUGGUUUCUGGUCUUCAAUAUAAUUCCUUUACCCCAGGUUUCCAUCAACCCAAGGGUUACUGGUCAAAAAAGUUGACGUGGAAAGCAGAAUGGAAACAGAUCUGGAAAACAGAGAAAAAACAAGCAUGGAAAACUGAGUGGAAGAAAAUCCAAGUCCCUGUGUGGAAAGAAAUCCAAGUACCAAUCUGGAAGGAAAUCCAAGUACCAGCGUGGAAGACUGUCCAGAAACCAAUCUGGAAAGAAAUUCAAGUACCAGCAUGGAAAGAAAUCCAGGUACCUGACUGGAAGAAGAUCCAAAAACCAGUAUGGAAAGAAAUCCAAGUACCAGCCUGGAAGGAAGUGCAAGUUCCUGAUUGGAAACAAAUUUGGGUACCUGAAUGGAUCAAGGAAGGAAUUCCUGGAGAGAAAUAUUUAGGUAAGGAUCAUGGUGGUUGGGAAUACACUUCUCAUGAUUUGUGGCGUAAGAAGAUGAUCUGGAAACCACACUGGAAGAAAAUCUGGAGGACAGAGAAGAAGCAAUACUGGGAAACCCAAAAGAAAUUGGAAUGGAAAGAGGAAUGGAAACAAAUCUGGAGAACUGAAAAGAAACAAAUCUGGAUCCCCCAAAAGAAACAAGAAUGGGUCGACGAACAAGUCCAAAUCUGGAAAACUGCCAAGAAACAAGAAUGGGUAACUGACAAAAAAUUGAUCUGGAAAGACGAAUGGAAAGCAAUCCAGGUCCCAGUUUGGAAAGAAAUCCAAGUGCCAGCCUGGAAGAAGAUCUGGAUUCCAAUUUGGGAGAAGGUUUGGGUUUCGGUGCACACACACGAACACCACGGUUGGGAUUGA